CAAUAAAAUAAUAGUUGAGGUGGGGAGGGCUACGACCCAAACACUAAAAGUGUGUGCAGACAGAUACUAGUACUGUAUUAUACAUAGCAUAGUAGUGUCAGUAACAGUAAGUCACUCCUCUGCUUCUCUGAAUCAGUCUUAACAUGAUUUGAUACUAUUUUUUUCUUCUUCAGCAACUUAUAACAACAACAUAGUAGUAGCUAGCCACUCCAGGCUUCCAUGGCUUCUGCAUCUCCCAAUGGCUUUGAAAUCUAUUUUGAUGAUGUGGGUGAUGGGUCUUCUUCUGCCGGCGGCUCUCCGGCCAAGAAAGGCAGAGGCGGCGGCGGUGCUGGAGCAGGAGCUGCCCAGGUCUCGAGGUGCCAAGUUGAAGGGUGUAAUGUAGAUCUGAGUGAUGCCAAGAGCUACUAUUCCAGGCACAAAGUCUGUGCCAAGCACUCCAAAUCACCCAAGGUGCUUGUUUCUGGUCUUCACCAGAGAUUCUGCCAGCAGUGCAGCAGGUUCCAUCAUUUGCCUGAAUUCGACCAAGAAAAACGUAGCUGUCGUAGACGUCUGGCUGGCCACAAUGAGCGUCGGAGGAAACCACAAGUGACAUCCCUGUUGUCUGCACGAUAUGGAAGUUCAUCCAUCUUUGGAAAUGACACUGGUGGUGGAAGUUUUCUUAUGGACUUCUCUGCAUAUCCAAGGCACGCCGGGAAGGUUGAAUCCGGCAGUCAGGACCCUGGUUCUGGAAAUUUUCCACCAAUCCCAUGGCGAAACAACCCAGAAAACCCUUCUCCUGAGCUUCAACGUUCGAAUAAGAACAUCACCUACCCCGGUCAUGCUAUUCCACCUGGAGGAUGUUUUGAUGGAGUCUCUUCAGACUCCAGCUGUGCUCUCUCUCUUCUGUCAAACAAUUCCCGCGGCUCAAUAAACCGAUCUUUGAGUCUCGGAACAAAUUACCAAAUGGAUACUUAUGGUUCACAUGUGGUUCAACCAGCAGCGACUCAUGGUCUAAAUAUGAGUCAGUUCUCCAGCAACUCUUGGGGUUUCAAGGGCAACGACGAAUCUGGAAGCGUUUCCUAUGACAUGCAUCCUGAGCUCGGUCUUGGUCAAAUUCCAAAUCCCGGUACCAGUCAGUUCACUGGUGAUCUGCAGAUGACCCAGCAGAGUGGAAAACAAUGCAUGGACAUUCAGCACCCAAUGGGAUACGACGACUCUGUGCAGCAUAUGCACUGGUCACUGUAGAGUACACCCAUCAUCUCAUCUGGUUAUGGCUCCUCAUCUAUAUAUGUUGUGUUUGUUAAACUAUGAACUGCAAGCAACUGUUCCUUUAUCUUGUUUCAUGAACAAUGAACCCGAAUUAUCUGCGUUCAUUCUAUGUUGUUUAACUGAAAUGGAUAAGCUGUAUUAAUGUGAAGUAUGCAGUGGUCACUACUUGUUUCUGA